AUGUACCACUUUAGGAUUGGUGACAAAAUCCUCAACGAGCUUGCUAUGCGAGAUUGGCGAGACAAUGUGGCCACGCUCGAAGACAAAGGGACUGCGCUCGGUACUUUGGCUCGCUAUGGCUCGAUAGCUACCCGAGCGAAUCCUGGCAUGCGGCCGAUAGCCCUGCAAUACCUGCAUCAGAGUAUCCGAGCACUCAGAGAUAAGGUCUCGCGCAGUGAGGACGUGCAGGACACCGUGGGCUGUUUGCACAUGAACAUGCUGUUCAAUGCCGAGAUCAUCAACGGCAAUUCCUCCGGAGCCCUUGUGCACGGCAAAAUGCUUUUGCAUGUCUUGAGACAGGGAUGGAGAGAACAACGUCUUGAUUAUAAAAUGUUGCUGUAUCAACUACACAACGAUCUACAGUUCACUUCUACGUUUCUAACCCGUCCGAUAUUCGACGAGGGCGAUUGGUUGCCUGACGUGUUGAAGCCACUUUGGGACGCCGCUGCUCCAUAUAUGCCUGUAUUUCCCGAAGAAGCACUGGAUGGCGCGAUACAAGACGAGGUGGUGACAUACUGGUUCAAAAAGCGUCGGCAGAUGCUCAAAUACGAAAAGCUUCAGAAUACCGCCAGUGAGAGCCUUCCACCUCUACCACUGGUGACCACGUCUGUGAUGGCAGUCUCGUUUCUAUUCUACAGUCGUAUGAUCAACUACUAUCUGGACAACAAGGAAAGGCUCAAAGGUGAGGGACUGAAUGACGGGCUCGAAAGCUAUCUGUAUGGUCACCAAGCCCUCGCGCUGGCAGCGUGCCAGCUCCUGAAGUGGACGCAUUACAGUCCACAAAUCAUGGGCGUGCCAAUUUAUGAAGACUGUCAGCUCUCGAGUGCUUUAUGGCAUGCCCUGGAACACUGCGAGGCGUUUGCAGCACGGGGCUUGGGGAACGAGUUUCUGAAUGCGAGGAUAUGGGCAUUGUACGUUGGCUCUCUAGUUGAGCGUGGCACCCCCUUCGACCAGGCUCCGAUAAACCAACAGCGGUUCAAUCAGAAACUAGCUGAGCUUGCUUGGUCGAUACAGAUCUUCACUUGGGAUGAUAUCAGACCGGUUCUAAAUGGGUUUCUAUACGAGGACAUUACACUAUCUCAAGGGUCGAUCUGGUUCGAAGGGAUGAUGCUCGACUAUCGAUUGACGAGGGAGCAUAGCAAAUGCUGA